AUGGACGAAAAUCGAGCUCGUGGCAGUUCUGCGAAAAGCGAUAAUACACUUUUGGAGAUACAAAUGAAGGUUUGUUCCUCGUCUCAGCAGAUUUAUCAUUGAGCUUGAAUUAUUUGAAUACAAAAAGGCAUGAAAUUUUUGAAUUUUUGAUUCAAACAGGAAAAAAUGGGAGAAUCAAUAACAAAAAAAAGAUUUCAAAAGUUUUAUUCAUUUUCGAAACCUUGAAAAAUGUAAUUGGAAAAUUUUUCGUUACUAAAUAAUAUUUAAAAUGAGAUAAAAAAGUGGAAUACUAAUAAUGAUCACGAAAUUUCAGAUGACUGCAUUCGAAUUAUAUCUUGAUGGUAGAAUUGGAGAAGUUUCGCGCGACAAGAAGGGAAUGGCUUGUUUAAUGGAAGAAGCCAUUGAUGAGAAGGAAAUGAUCGACACUUUUUAUUAUCGGCGAUCUAAUGCAAUUCGAGGCGAAUUCAAUCGAAGAAAAUGGAAUUUAACUGGCGGAUACUACGGCGGCAACCUCCCGCAACUCGUUCAAAGAGAUCUUAAUAAUCUUCAUCGAGAAUAUCAAAAUGAAGAUUAUCGGUUGAACUAUUCGAGACAACGGGAGCAGGAGAAUUGGGGAUUCUUGGUCAAUGUUCGACAAUCGGACUUCAAACUCAAUGAGAGACUUCUAAGCCAACUUUUUCGUGAAAAGGAAAAUUUCGGAAGAUUUUUGAAUCGACUAACUUGCGACCGAGAAAAGGUUAGUUUUGAACCUUGGUUUCCACUUUUGGAGAAGUUGAGCAAAUUUUUUUUUUAUCAAUCAAUCAAUUUAUUUUCGCAACAUCGGGAUUAUGGUUAUGUUGCAGGGAGGGAAUGAGACCACUAGGUGGAUUAAAGAGACCAAUGAAGUCAAAUUUUCGUUAGUGUAGAGACUUGGAUAUAAAUAAUGAAAAAGUGUCCCGUCUCCUUCUCCGGCUCCCUCGCCUUCCUAGUCGGGAAAAACUGACUAAAUUCGAACUUUUUCCAUAUCAAAUGUAAAUUUCCUUUUCAGGAAAAUUCUACUCAAAUCGUUGAAUCGAUCCUUAGUUUCCUGGAGGAAAACGAAAAGAACAGAAUUGAACUCACGCAAAGACAUACCGAUCGAUACAAUUGUUUGAUUGGUCAUCACAUGGACUUGACUCAACGCUUAGAUGUCCGCAACGUCACUGAAAUCAAAAUCGAUUCGUCUUUCCGAGCCGUUUUGGCCCACUUCAAUGCAAGAUUGAACAUGAUCGCGGAAGACAAUGAGAAGAUGAAAGAGCUCCGUAUUUUGAUCAACAACUUUUUGGACGAAAUGGAGCGACGUCUCACGGGGGAGCCUCAGGUCCGCUCGAUAAUAUAAAAAUUGAGCUGAGAAACCUUUGCAAGAAAAAAAGAAGGAAGUUCUUUUUGACUUCCGAUGUGAAGUUCAAAAAAAAAAGUAUUUUUUCGUAAUUAUUCCAGCCAUUGCUGAUUUUUUUUAAGCUUUCAAUACGAGUAUCUUGAUAUUGUGAAAUUUUCGUUUCAUUCGGUUUCAAUUUCAGGAAAACUCCGUAAAUUCCAAUAAUAUCUCAAACGACUUUGCUGAAGAAAAAGCUGAUUCCGAUUUUCGUGCGGAGAAAGAAAAAGAAGUAUUUGAAUUACAUUUUGCUCUUCUGUAAUUUCUCGAGUUUAGACUGUUGGAGGACUUUUGAACAAAGGCGGAAUUUUUGGAAAGUCCAAGAUUCCUGUCGAUUUUGUUGAAGACAACGAAGUUGCAUCGAAGAAAUUGCCUAGCAAAUAUGAAGAAGAAAAGCGAGAUUGGGUACGCAAAAAAAAAAAGAUUUAUUGGUAAAGGGAAAUUAGAAUAAUAUUGAAUUCUUAUCUUCGGAGUAAUGGACUUUCCUAGGAAUUUAUUUCUAAAUGAUAAGUUCUAUUUUUCCUUUUUCUUCUAAACGCUCCCCGCCCCUUUUGUUUAUUUUUCAAAAAUUAUUUGGUUUUUCGAAAAAAAUUUAGACCCAAGCAUAGGUCACUGUAGAGAUUUUUAUGAGUUGUUUAAGGACCAUUUUCGUGAUAUUUAAUCAUUUUUAUAGUUAUAGAAUAAUAUGAGUAUCGAAAAAGUUUCUCAUGCUUUAAAUCAACUUUUUUCUGGCACUUCUAGAGUAAUUUGCAAAAAUUAUCUCUGCCUCUCCAAAAUUUAGUUAUCUUUUUCAUUCUCUGAGGGCUAUUUUGAAUUUCGCGGUCACGAAUUUAAAUUUCUAGGACGAUCCUCUAUCAUCAAAUCUUCGUACACAGCACGUCGCCAAGGAGAAUCUUACCCCAAAAGUUUUAUCUUUUGAUUGAAAUGAUUCAAAAAACUUUUUAAAGGUUACGAAACCCACCAAAGUUCCUACGGAGAAGGUUCAUCCUCCAACGGAUGAUAUCACGUCUCUUGAGGAUGUUUACCGGCUUUUUGGGGUGAAGUUAUUGGUUUUUUGUGCAGUUAUCCAUGCGAAAUCGUCUUUGAAAAAAUUGUGAUCAAAUGGAAAAUUUAGUUUGAAAAAUAAUUUAAAAUAGAUCGUGAAAAAUCAUGAAGCCAGUUAAUGAAACUAUGGAAGGCCUAAUUCUCAUUCUUUUAAAAUACUUUCUGGUCAUUUUUAUUGAUAAUAUAUUCACCGAUUCUCGCUAUUUUUCAAGAAAGACCACAAUUUGCGCUUCGAGAUACCUGUCGCCUUGCGGUCGAUGGACCUUUAAUUUUAGGACUUUAAUGCUAUGACUUUUUUGGAAAGUUGUAUCGCUUGGAAAAAAAUUGUGGGAAGGAAAAUAGCCUGAGAAAGAUAAUCAUUGAUUUUCUGUGAAAGUGGAGAAGGCUCUACCACGUUGAAACUAAAAAUGGCGUUUUUUUCGAGUUAUAUCAGACUUUUUGUUCAAUUUUUUAUAUCCUCAUCAAAAUUCAGAUACACGGAAGUCUGGAUAAUUCUAAGCCAGAGAUUUCUUCUUCAUCCUCUGAAACGGUAAGUUUUUAUGGAGUUUCUGUUGGAGUUGAAAAAAAGUCUCACCAAGUCAGUAUUCUGAAGCCUUCUGUCAAGUACAAAAUUUUGAUGUAGUAAGUUUUUUCCGACUUAGGAACUCCAGACUGAUCCCUCUAGGGGCAAUCUUAGGACCCUUGGAAGAAAAUUCCUAAGAUUCUAGGGAAUACUUUACCAACUCCUAUAAGAGUCGUGAAGUUGGUCACUAUAGGGUUUUAGUUAUAGGGGACAUGCUAGUCGAUAAUUAUUAUGAACUCCAAGCGAAAAAGCAUUUCCAUGAAAAAACAAUCUUUUUUUUUUGAAUGAAAUUAACCCUAUAGGGGCCCACUUGAGCUUUAGGGGCUAAAGAUUCAGACCCUAAAUCCCCUAUAAGGACCCCUUUUUUGGCCCAUAGGGUUGUUUUCCCUUCUAACACCUAUAAGUACCACUAUGGGAUUCCUAAGUAAAAGACGAGAAUGGGUAGGUUGGCAAGGGAUGAGCGUUGCGUACGCGGCCCGGCUUUUUGGCGGGAAAAUCGAGGUCGAACGUUACCAUGAAAAAAAUGUAGAAAAAUACUUUUUUUAUUAUUUUUCAUAGUGUUUAUCGUUCAACUUGAUUUUUUUCAAAAAAAUCAUACCAAUUUUGAAAUUAUUGAAAAUUUUGACCACUUGACCUCCGUAUUCCCCGAAAAGCCGCGCCGCGUACGCAAAGCGUCACUCUUACCCCCUCUCUCGCCUUUUAAGUCGGGAAGGAUUGACAAUAUAAAAAAGCUCAAAUUUCAUUACAGAUUUCCUCGAAUGUCUUUGAAAAUGUCGAGAAUACCGAUCAAAAGUCGAACCAUAAAGAAAUAUGUCCCGAACUCACUGUCCAGAAAGGAAAAUCAAAGUAUGAUCUUGUAUUUUCAGUAAUAAAAAAUGAAAAAUAUAACAUUUUCAGGACAGAAAACUUUGAUUCAUCGAGCUCAAAUUCUCCCCCUGUCUCAACUUCUAAGCCUUCAUUUUCGCCGAAUCCCACCUCUGAAACUGAAAAGACAGUCAACGACGGUUUUGGCACGCUUCGAUGUGGAGGACCCAUCGGCUUUCAAAUAUCGCCCCACUUCGGGAAACUUCCUCCCGCAAAUAAUUCUUACAUUCAAAAGCCUUUUGAAUAUGGAAACCGGCGAUAUUUCGGCUCUACUGCCGGUUCUACGAGCGAUUCUUCUUCUAGCAGUUCUUUCGGAAGCUUCUCCAAUACUCCUGUCAGGAAUCCACAGCAAUUCUUCGUCCAGAACAUUCCUCCGUCUUUUUAUAGAGAUAAUGUGAGUCGGAGUAUAUUCAUGGCGUGAUUUCCGCGAAAUACAAAAAUAUCCCUGACUCUCCAAAUUUUGGUUAUCUUUUUCUUUCUCUAACGAGUUUUGCGCAAUCAAUUUUAACACGGUAUCAAUUUUUCCCGACUUGAAAGGUUGAAGGCGUGAAGCGCUGCGUAUGCGACGCGGCUUUUCCGCGGGAAACUCGAGGUUUUUCUCCCUUUCUGGCUUUUUUCUAUGGUUUCGAAAAAGUGUAGUUGAACGAAUAAAAGUAUAAAAAGCUCCACCCUUUUCAAUUCACCCAUAUCGCCUUACAAGUCGAAAAAAAUGACUACAAUUUGGAAAAAUUUUAAAUUUUACAGGCUGGUAACAGAAUUUAGUAAAACCCAGCACAGAGGUGUAAUUUCGGAAAUCUUGCUUUAAAUAUAAUCGAAAAACUUUUUUUCUACAGUUACUUCAUUAUUACGUUUGAUCGAGCUUCUGCUAUCCCUUUCAUCUUUACCACAUAAAAAGCUAUAAAGCUUAAAGCUUCAAAGACCCAAAAACCCUCUUUUUCUCCCUUCGAAGGUAGAUUUCGGAGUGUGAGGCACAUUACCCGGCUUUAACGCAAAAUCCUCAUUUUUUUCGAUGAAAUUAAAAUCAGGAUAUUCGAUGGUACGUCUGUACGAAGUUUUCUCACCACGACUUUUUGAACUUAGCCUGUUAACAAUUUUUUAAAAUUAAAACUUGUACUUUUCUUACUCUUUCCAAAUGUCCAGCGCUGCUCCGGGACCUGAAAAUAUCGUUGAUGAACAAUUUCGUUUCUAGGAAAAUUACGGCUUUUUCAGUCAGACGGAAGCUUUUCAAAUCCUCCGGUCAGAAAUUCCCAACCAUUCAUCGCGCAGAAGUAUUCUCCGUCUUUUUCCAGAGAUAAAGUGAGCCUUAUCGAUUUUUGAAGUUAUUAGUUGUGUCUGUUGUAAAUGAGCGUUUGGCUUUUCGAUUAAUAUUUAAUUAUAAAGCUAGGAUCGGAAGAAAAGCAUCAAUCCUCCACAUGGAAAUUAGUGACAGAUAAUAUUUGCUAUUAGAAAAAAAUGGAAAAACAAAUCUUUUUGGAUCGAACUUUUUUAUCAUUUCUUUAAAAUUUGGAAUCAGCUACAAAAAUCCUGACAGAUUCCCCUACUGGUUGCUGAGUUUAAUCGAAUCUUUUCAGAAAGUCGAAUUAGAAAAGGUCUUAUUAUAAAAGCCAGAGUUAUUGCAGAAAGGCGAAUUAGAAAAGGCCCUGGCGGAAAGUAAGAAGCGGCUGGACGAACAAAAAGAAAGAAAAAUGCAAGCCGAAAUUGAGGCGGAGAGAAUCGCCGAAGAUUACCGAUGGAAGAAGCUCGAACGGGAGCAGAAAAUCCGAGAAACUUCGGAAAACCAGAAGGAGAAGCUGAAAGAAGUCGACUACGCGUUGGAGCAGGAGAAGGAGGAGUUGGAGCAGCGGCACUUGCAGCAGGAGGAAAUGUGGGACGAGGAGCUGGUCCAGCUCGCGGAGAAGGCUGAAGAUGAGGAGAAUCGGCUUGGGAAGAACGUCGGCGAGUUCAAACGGACGUUGGCCGUGGAGCAAGCUUGGGACGAAGAAUUGGCCGUUCUUCGGAAGUCUGUCCUCGAGUUGCUUCGACUUUUCGGCCUCGCUAAUUAUGAGGUGAGCAGUAGAGUUGAAAAAAUAUUUAUCAAGGAGAAAAUAGAAACAUUACUUGAAAGUCGGAGUCUGAAAGUAUGAUCGAUUGCUAAUUCAGAGAAUUUUUUCUUCUCGAUAAUUGUUUCUAACCAUAAACAAACUUACAAGUUUAAUUCGACAUGAGUUACUUUCUACAAGAUGAAAGUUUCCAGAAUGAAAAUUUGAUUCAAACAGUAUUCUUCUAUUAGCCGUUGCGCACAUAUUCUCGGCUUAUUUUUUUCUCAUUUUUUUAUUGAAUUUUCGAGUCAGAACCACAAAAAAUUAUAUAUUUUUCAGAUCAGCUUACUCAAGAAAUGUAAGAAAAGAGCAGGCCCUGUCAAAACGGAUAAUUUCAUGGUAGGCUUUCUCUGCUCAAAAAUAUUACUUUCUCGAUAAAUUUACAGAAGUUGGCUGAGAAAUGCCAUUUGGAGUGUCGAAACCUGCAGGAAAUCUACACGAACUGCAAAAAUCGCCUUGACAGUUUGAUUGAGCAGAAUGAGAAGGAGUUUUUGAAAGAGAUCCGGGUAUUUUUAGAGUUAGGAAUUUUUGAAAACAAAAUGAAGAUUUUCAGACUAUCGUGAUGAGUCUGAUGGAUAAUGUGAAGACUUUGGAUCAUGGUUUUUCUGAGGAGUACAUCGAAGAUCUUUUGGUAAGAUUUGAAGCUUCAUUUUAGAAGAAAUAUUCAUAAAAAUGACUUCAAAACAUUCUCAGUGGAUGAAGAAAGAAAAAUAUCGAUUUUUGAAAAUUUUUGUCACUUGGAAGUUGUUUUUUUUGGAGGUUUUUUAUAAUUAAUAUGACCUUUGUUGAAGCACCGUUGUCGCAACACCAUCGUAGGAAAAAUCGAAAAAAUUUGCAAUUUUUAAAAAUAAAAUGUGUGAAGUCAAAGUGGUCCCUAAAUGGCUUAAAGAAGCUCAAGUGGCCCCUAUAGGGAUUUUUCGAUUAUAUUUUUCAAAAAACGCUUAUUUAUUUAGUUUUCCUAUGGCUUUUUCGCAAUGAGUUCAUAAAAGUGUGUCCCCUAUAGGGCUAGCAUGUCCCCUAUAGGGACCACGUUUGCAAGGUUCAGUGGCCCCUGUAGAGGUCGGUAAAGUGGUUGCUACGGAGGACACUCCAAGAGCCCCUACAGGGACCACUCUGUGGUUGCUAAGUUUGAAGUUUUUCAAAUUUUUUUCCAUAAUUUCAAUAUUUAGAGAAAAUUCAAUGAGAAGAAAACAGUUCGGAAAAACGAAAAAUGAGCGAAGGCCUAAUUCCCCAAAUCGCGGCUGUUCCUUUAUCUGGUCAAAAGCCCGUUUUGCGGAUGUUACAUGCUCCUAGGGUAGUUAUGCGGCAAUAAUUUUUUUAUAAGCCCAAUUUAGGUGAAAAAAAUUACUUAUUUUUUUAUAAUGGUGUCUAUUGGAGAAACGGAACAUGCUUUGCUUCAAAACGAAAAAUCGUGUUCAUCGGCGCGCCAGUUGCUCCAAAACAGUACUAAUUUUUGUUUUGGAGCAAUUUUUUACCGUUUCGAAGCAAUUUUCGUUUUGUCCGAUGAGCACGCCAUAAUAAAACGUAUUUUGAUUUUUAAAGUUGAUUUUUAAGCUUUCAAAGAACCCGAGCAACGACUCGAUGUGGCUUUCUUUGAAAUCUUCGAUUCAAGAUCUGGAAGAAAUCGCUAAAAACAUCCCAUCUGUUAGCCACUUUAAAGAAAUUUUUUCCUGAAUCAAUUUUUUUCUCAAUUUUUUAUUUUAACAACUAUUGACUUUUUUUCUUUUUUUCAAUUCCGAUACUGACCUAUAUUCUGUUGUUGUUUUUUCAUUGUUGAUUUUUUUGCCUGAAAAUUGUAUAAAGUGUUCUUUGUUAGAGUGUUUUUAUAGCGAUUUUACUGGUUUUAUACUAAUUUAUAUCUUUCUUUUUUUUUGAAGUUCAAUGAGUUCAGCGCGAGAGAAUAAUGGAGUAUUUUUAGUGGUCACUAGAAAAGAGCCAAAUAUUCCGUUUGUCAUCCGCGAUUUUUGAGAUGAUGCCGUGUUCAAAGUAAUUUCCGCGAAAUGCAAAAUGGUCUCUGACCCUCCAAAAUUUAGUUUUCUUUCUCUUUUUCUGACCGCCGUUUUGUGUUUCGCGGAAUCAAUUUGAAUACGUCAUCAGAAAGUGGAAAAGAUAACUACUUUUCGGAGGGUCAGAGAUAGUUUUGAAUUACUUUUAACACACCAAAAAAAAAUCGUUUUUUUUCACAUUUCUAGAUAUUCUGUUGGAUUUCCUGACUUUUUCGCUCAAAAUUUAGAAGUUUUCAAACGCAUUUUAUAUUCCUAGCAAUUUUUUUUCUUUCUUUAAUUUUUCUGUCAAACCACUUUCGAUUUACCAAUUAACUUGCGGAUAAUUGCUUCAAAACUUGUGAGAAUUCUAAUUUAUUUUUAAAAAAAUAUGUCAGAGCUUUUCCUUUUUUCUUCGAUAUGGACGCGUUGUACAAUAUUUUCAAGUUUAUAUCUUUCCUCUUUAUUUGGAUUAUUUCAGCUCAAAAUGACUGAAAAAGAGCCCGGAAGUGUCUUUCUCAUUGACGAAUUGAUACCGAAAAAUCCGAAAGAAGGUUCGCUUUUUGCUGUUUCUGAAUUAUAUAAACUUCUUUUUGGCUCAAGAAAAAUUGUUUCAAUUAAUUUUUCAACUUGGUGGUUAAAAUUUCAGUUGAGUGCCCUCGAGGCAAAGUUCGCCAAGGGUCUCGGAAAAGCGGAGAGAAUCGUCAAAAUAAUAAUUGCAUUUCUGGAAGCGGAAUUGGAAAAAAUAACGGAGUGCGAGAAAUUGAGCUUCAUCAAGCAGUUUUGUGAGAAACUCACCUCGCAGAAGACUUCAACCGUGAAUGAUAAAAAGCAGGUCUGAAUUAAUUGUGUAUAUUUCAUUUAUUAGAGUUUAAGAAAAAACAGAAGAAGGCGCUUCUUAAAGGCAAUUCUGACAAUGUUCCGAAUUAUGCCGAUAAUUCUCCCCAAAUUUUUAGCCCUGAGGUAUUUGAAAACUUACGAGACUCGAUAAAAAUGUAUUCUGGAGUUUAGGCAGCAGACAAAGAAAAUGUCGGAAGGCCGUCAGCUCCAAUUUCAAAUCUUGUAAGUUAGAAUUUAUAGUCGAUCCAUCUCGACACGGUAUUCCUAAUGGAGUGAGAGAAGGUGAGCGAGGCGUCAAAGUUUCUGAAUUUACAAAAAAAAAAUGACGUCAUUCUACGUCACAAAUUACACUGAGUAUUCAACGUUAAUAACUUGUUCAUUCGAUCACAUUUGGCUGCGUAUUCGAGAUUUGAAUUUUUGCCCCAAAUUUUUUUUUGACGUCUUCCUACUCCGUUCGGGAACGCCGUGCGUGACUUGAAAUAAAGUCGAACACGAGCCUCCAUUUUUUGACUGUUUCUCAAUAAACUAUAGUUUUUCAUGGUUUUGAAAGUAUUCAGUUUGAAGAAUGCAAGUAAAAAAUUCAGAAAAGGCCCUUUUUCUAAAUUUUUACUAUAGUUUUCCGCCGAAAAGCCGCGUCGCGUACGCAGCGCGUCACUCAUACCGAUCAUACCCAUCUCGCCUUUAAAUUCCAGAAAAAAAUCGGAAACUUUUUUCUGGUUUUCAUAAUUUCUUUCCGAUCACAGACCGAAAAAAGCUGGGAAGACUUUGAAACGCUCGAAAAAUUCGAAUAUAUCGAAGCAAUUUGUGACAAAAUCGACUCUCUCGACAUGAAUGCAGUUCUCGCGGACCAUUUGAAAGAGGUCUUGGCUUAGAAAAUGUUCAUAUUUUCAUUUAUAAGUUUGAGACUUUCCAAAGUUUUGAAAUCGUCACGGAAGAGCGGUUGAAAGAAGAGGUUUGAUUUUUUCCUUUUGAAAAAAAAAGUUUGAACCUUUUGGGAAGGUUCCCAUUAUCUCAAACGACGCUCCGGAGACGGAGAACCCCCAAGAAGAUCCUGUCGUCAUUCCAAACUCUUCUGCUGAAGUCGUCGAGGUUUUCGACUCUCAGGUGAACAGCGCGCAGUUUUUGGGAGAUUGAAACUUUAUGCACUUUUAUAUUUUUAUCCAUUUUUCGGAAGCAUUUGGUUGUAUUUUACCCCGUUUUCAGAAUAUAAAUCAAAGAUCGAUUCAAUUUUUCCACAAGAAAAUCCUUGAAAUACCCUCAGCGAUAGGAAAAAAGUUAGGUUCAUCAAAAUAACGAAAAAAAAAACCUUUCAGGGUAGAAACAGCUUUCUUGCAGUUUAUUAAGCAGUUCUGCGAAUGAUAUAAUAAUUAUAAUUAUCAACAUUAUUCACAAACCUCAUAGAAAAUUUUUUAAUUACGUUAUGUUAACAAUAAUAGUGUGAAAAAGCAUCGAAUUGGAAGAAAACCCUAGUAAAAUGGUGUGUAGAUCCCCAAAAAAAAACUCAGACAUGGGUAACGCGAAACGGACGUGCUCCGGACUUUUCUAGGCAGUUCUAGGGAAAGUUUAUAGUAUUUUCACAUUUCAAAUAUGAAUUCCGCCCCCUAAUUUUCGCGAUAAACCAAUCAGAAAGCGAGCCAUCCACAGCGUUUCCGAAUGACGUCAUUCUACUUGACAUUUAAAAUCUGAACAGACUAUAAGAGGGCUGACGCUACUAAAAUGGUCACUAGAAAUGUCCAGAAACGUCCGGAGCACGUUCGUUUCGCGUCACCAAUGUCCGAGAACAGAAAAAAAAACGCAACGCGCACGCUUCGCGUUGAAAAGAACUCGCGUUGCCGCGAUCUUUAAACUUCCAAACUUCCCUCCAAAUUCGUCCCGCUCCGGAACAUUGUGGAUGAUUCAUUGUUGAGAUUCAGCCGAUCGCCGUAGAUCAAGAAGUUUCGACCUCAUCUGAUCCCUUAAACGGAGCGGAUCUUGAAAAUUGCACCAACUUUAUGGUUAUUUUUCUUUUUUAAUCAGCGCUCCAGAAAAUUUUGCAGGAGUUGGUAGAUAUUUUUCUCGUGCAUUUCAAAAGUCUGCAGGAAAGCUAUAUGAGUAGCAAAAAUUGCCUGGAAAAAGUGAUUCGACAGAAGCAAAUUGACAGUUUGCUUGAAGUUAAGGUAUUUUGGACCCACGACAGACGUGUAAAAUGAGAGAUUUCAGAAUGAUAUGAUGAGAUUGUCGGAAAGUUUAGAGCAGAUUGAAAUAGGCUUCUCCGAAGAGAAUGCGGAGAAUUUUUUGGUGGGUUUGGUUCUAAAGAUUUUUUCGAAGUCGGUUUUUAUUUUUUUAUAAAUUUUAUUCUGUCCUUCUCCUCUUAAUGAAAAUUAUUUCAUUAGAAAAAAAUUUCUUUUUAAAUUAAGAGGCUUUUUUUCUUGAAGCUUCUAGUAAUCAUUGAAGUCUGUUUUUCAACUUCUCAUAAGCAUUUUUGAACUUUUUUUUUCAUUUCGCCGAGAAAAUAUCGCGUCUCAAUCUACGUACGUUAUCAAACAACAACCAGGAACUUUAUUUAAAAAAACAUUUCUGUCAAUUUCAGCUCCCGAUAAAUCCUGGCCGAGAUUUGAUGAGUAUCUCUUUGGAUUCUUCGAUCGAAAUCUCGGAAAACAUCUUGAAAAUCCUUAUUUCCAUGCGACAACUCAAAGAAAAAUUCGCUUAA